CAACGCUUCCCAAUUGUCUGAUAAGCUGUCAGAGGAAAUAUACCCAAAAUCCACUACCCCCCAAUCUCUCUUUCUCUCUUCCUGUGGGAAUGGAGAUGACAGACAAACAGGAACCUCUUAUCGCUGAUGCCCAAGUACGGUGCAAGAGAACAGGGGAUGCAUGGACUGCAACUGCUCAUAUAAUCACUGCAGUGGUUGGUUCAGGGGUUCUGUCUCUAGCAUGGUGCGUAGCACAGCUGGGUUGGAUUGCAGGGCCUUUGGCAAUCCUGGGUUUUGCAGUAAUCACACUCAUUUCUUCCUAUUUGCUAGCUGAUUGUUGCAGGUCCCCUAAUUCUGAGAAGGGGCACAUUAGGCAUAUCACUUACAUCGAUGCCAUAGAUUUUAAUCUAGGUAAGAAGAGCGUGUGGAUAUGUGGGUUGGUUCAACAAUUAGGGAUUUGUGGCACUGCGAUUGCUUACACAAUUACUUCAGCUAUGUGCUUGAGGGCUAUUCAAAGGACCAAUUGUUUUCACACAGAAGGACAUAAAGCUGCUUGCAACUAUGAACACACAACUCAUUUUGCAUUGACAUUUGGUGUGAUACAAAUAGUGUGCUCUCAGUUACCUAAUUUCAAGAGCAUUGGCUGGCUCUCCAUCACGGCAACCAUAAUGUCUUUCUCCUAUUCAUCUAUAGGUUUAGGCCUUGGCCUUUCAAAAGUAAUAGAAAAUGGGAAAAUAUAUGGCAGCAUAACUGGGGUAGCAAUGGUCUCAACUGCUGAGAAAGCACAAAGGAUAUGUCAAGCACUUGGAGACAUUGUUUUUGCAUAUCCAUUUUCCGCUAUUCAAUUCGAGAUACAGGAUACAUUGAAGGCGCCACCCCCAGAAAACCAGACAAUGAAAAGAGCUUCAACAAUAGCCAUGGCAAUCACCACCUUUUUUUAUCUAUGUUGUGGAUGCUUUGGGUAUGCAGCAUUUGGAGAUGCCACUCCUGGAGACCUCUUGACUGGUUUUGUGGAGCCAUAUUGGCUUAACGACUUUGCAAAUGCAUGUGUUUUCCUUCAUUUAGUUGGAAGUUACCAGGUCUAUAGCCAAUCCCAUUUUGCCUUUGUAGAGAGAUGGUACGCACAGAAGUUCCCUAAUAGUGUGUUUAGAGAAGGGUCAUAUAUAAUGGAUGUUCCAUUCAUUCAUGUUAACCACAUCAGUCUAUUUAGACUAUGCUUUAGGACUGCAUAUGUUGUCACAACCAUCAGCAUUGCAAUCCUCUUCCCUUACUUCAAUCAAGUUUUGGGAAUUUUGGGGCCAUUGAGAUUUUGGCCCAUUACUAUUUAUUUCCCAGUUGAAAUGUACAUUGUGCAAAAGAAGGUGGGGGCUUGGACAAGGAAAUGGGUGGCCCUUAAGAUGUUCAGCUCUCUUUGCUUGUGUAUAUCUAUUGUGGCCUUGAUUGGGUCUAUCCAAGGGCUGGUGGGCCAGAAGACAAGCUAAACAAAACACACACACACUCUCUCUCUCUCUGUCGACCCCCCCAGCCUUGUGAACAAUUACUGCCCAAGAUGAUAUAUCUGAUUGCAAAGGGCAGAAUAAAAGUUCAUAAUUUAAGGACAAGGGAAUUUGAUGCUUCA